AUUCUUGACCGUCGUAUCUUUAAUCCUGGUUUUGCAGAAAGAUCUUGUUAUAUAUGAAAUGAAUGUCCGUGCUUUUACAGCCGAUGAAUCUAGUGGGCUGGAUUCCAAAAUACGUGGUAGUUACCUUGGUGUUAUAGAAAAGAUACCACAUCUUUUGGAGCUUGGCAUCAAUGCAGUGGAAUUGCUGCCGGUCUUUGAAUUUGAUGAAUUGGAGUUACAAAGGCGCCCAAACCCCAGGGAUCAUAUGAUCAAUACGUGGGGUUAUUCAACAAUAAAUUUCUUUGCUCCUAUGAGUCGUUAUGCAAGUAAUGGAGGAGGACCUUCCAAUGCUUCUAGAGAGUUCAAAGAAAUGGUUAAAGCUUUGCAUGAUGCUGGAAUUGAGGUCAUUUUGGAUGUUGUCUAUAACCAUACGAAUGAGGCUGAUGAUGAGAAUCCUUACACUACAUCAUUUCGUGGCAUAGAUAACAAGGUGAUUGCUUAAUCAUAUACUAUAUUAAAUAAAUUUCCCAGUUACUGUA